UGGAUUAUCAUUGCAUUUAUUGUUCUAGAUGCAUUUUUAAAAUAUUUUAAUUGGGAACUUCCAUGAAGUAAUACUCUCAACACAAAGUUAAAAGGAAAUAUGAUGUUACAAUGUUUUCUGCUGUGCUUAGCAUUCCUUUGCGCUAACAACUUUUUGUAAUAUUUGCACUUUGUACUCUCCAUGAAUCAAUCUGUGGCAAAGCACACAAAGAACCUGGGAUUAUUGGAACAGGAAGUGACAGCUCUAAACAAAUGUUCUUUCCUUUACCAAACCUUCUGACCUCACAAAGUGCUACCAAGUUGUUAUCAUUAUGCAGUGCCCUUUUCACAGGAGUAAACAUGUGUUUGUUUAUGCCUCAAGAGUAUCGGGUGGUUAAGAUGAGCAUAGCCACUAUCUCAGCACACCAGAUACAGAACGAGUCCUUGCAAACCCAGACAGAUGGAGACGUCUCACAUGUACUAUAGAAACCUAAAACAAAUCCCCUGUAGUUUUAGUAAAACAAAUAAGAUCAGCAUCAGUGAUGACUAUGCACCAAAAAUAAUUUGAACUCAGCAAUGUGCAACAGUUUACCUAGUUUACAUUUUUAGCAUUUUGUUUUUUGGUUGUUUUUUAUAUAUAAAUGUUACAGUAUAUGUCCAUAACUUGAAAUAAUGUGAAAUGUAUUGUUAAAUGUUAGGUGUUUCCAUUUUAAAACUAGCAAGUACAAAAUUGGCCAUAUUUUCUAAAUUUUGAAUUUUGUUUAUUGUACUUUGGUAUUCCAUUAGUUAUGUAGCACAAAACCUCUGGCAGGCCGUGUACGAAUAACAGAUAUUGAAAGUACAGAGUACAGAAAAACUAACAGUUUUGUAACAAAACUGUAUUGAUUUACUGACUCUCUAAAUGUAAUCUCUGAUUAUUUUCAUUAAGACUGGUGAAUAUGUAAAAUAAUUAUUUGAUUUGACUGUUUUCUAAGUUUAUUAGUAGAAAAUACUUCAAAUAAAACAACAUUUAUAUUAGAAUAUGUAUUUAAAAAGUUUUGUAUAGGUUGCAUGAAUCUUUUGUAAACUCAGUUCACACAUGCAUCACAAGACUGCUAUAAUUGUCUCUGUGCAUUAGCGACUCUAAUGUCUUUCCUGUUCCCCCCCUUGCACCCCAACCCUGGGUUACUAGAGGAUACGCAUGUGUUUGAGGGGAGGGGCCAGUAGAUUUGUAUAAAUAGACACUGCUCAGCUGACUACAAUCCAACCAAAGUUUGACAUCCAUUCAAACAGCCUAAAUUUGAAUGACCGACCUCGACAACUGAGAAAAGACUAUAAAAAAAAGAAGAGAGAAAAAACAGAAAGUCAUCAUAAUGGAGGAAGGUGGAAUUCAAGGCCAUGUGCAACAAACUAUUGUGUCUAUGUUGAAGAUCAAAAAUGAAAGUAUUCGUGUGUUCCUGGCAGAGGCCCUCUGCACGUUCAGCAUGAUGGUGUUCGGCCUUGGCUCUGUAGCUCAGGUGGUUACCGGAAAUGGUACAUUCGGAGAGUAUCUCAGCAUAAACAUCGGCUUUGCACUAGGUGUGGCUAUGGGUGUUCACAUUGGUGGAAACGUGUCAGGAGCUCACAUGAACGCAGCUGUUUCCUUCACAAUGUGUGUGUUUGGCCGUUUGCGCUGGAAGAUGCUUCCUCUCUAUGUCUUCGCUCAAUUCCUGGGUUCAUUCUUUGCGGCGGGGACCGUUUUUUUAAUUUACUACGAAGCUAUACAUCAUUACUGUGGGGGAAAUUUCACUGUGUCGGGCCCAAAAGCAACAGCUGGAAUCUUUGCAACCUAUCCGGCCCCUUACCUCUCAAUCUACACUGGAUUCUUUGACCAGGUUCUGGGAACCGCCAUGCUCCUGUUGUGUCUGAUGGCUCUGGCUGAUCAGAGAAACAAGCCGGUGGUACCCAGAGGGGAACCUGUAGGUGUUGGGCUCCUGGUGCUUCUCAUUGGAAUCUCUCUGGGGAGCAACAGUGGCUAUGCCAUCAACCCCACACGAGAUCUGGGGCCAAGAAUCUUUACACUGAUGGCAGGAUGGGGUCUUGAGGUUUUCAAGGCAGGUAAUGGCUGGUGGUGGGUACCAGUGGUGGCACCCCUAUUUGGAGGAGUGAUUGGGGCUUUAAUCUACACAACUUUUGUAGAAUUACACCACCCUGAUCGCGGUAGCACGGAGACGCUGCCUAUAAAUGAGCCUGAAUGUGUUCGUCUGGAUAAAUACAAGAAAGGGAGCACAGAUAUAUGCGUAUGAGAGUAUCA